UUGAGACUCACUGUAUGUCUUUUCCAUGUACUGAACUGUUGUUAUUUAACUAUGCCGAGGUAAAUUCAAUUUUUGAAUCUAGGGCACCUUUAAUAGAAUUAAUUGGUUCGCUGAUAAACCCCUGUAAAUUUAUGUCUGUUUGUGACCAUAUACCAGGAGAGUGAAUGGAAUUUGAAUUUUACUGCUAAAUGCAAUCAUCCUGGAAACAUGUAAGAGUUUAAAAGAAUUGGCUAUACAAAAGCUAAUUCAUUUUAAAUUCAUUUUAUUUCAUUUUUUAUUUCCAACCUGGUCUCAUGGGAGAGACGUACACGUGGGCACGUUUUCGCGAGACACAAAAUUACGUACCGGCGCGUAUGUCUGGCCGCAGUUUCCGUCAGAAACGAACGCUAGAGGCCAGUAAAACAUAAAUGAGCGCUUUGGCUCGUUUUCACACACGGUUUCGACGACGGCCGGGGUCGGAUUAUGAAUUCGUAAAGCCUCGUUUUGAUGUCUUCUCGCACAAUAUCAUGUCACGACUUCAAGACGCUUCUUACCGGAGUGCCCGAUUUGUAAACGAACGUACUUUGGACUUCCCGGCUCUACGCAUUUCGCUUUUUUUGGCCGCAACCAAGCUUGCUCGGUAGCUCGGCCGAUACGGAGUUGGACUUACGACGAGGAGUCGAUUCCUUCACCCCCCCCUGCCUGGGUACGAAUCCCGCGAAAGGCGACUGACUGGUGCAAAAAAAAAAAAAAGAUCUAAACAAGCUGAAAAACGGUACACGAUCGCGGAAGCUUCUUACGUCAUGUUUGCUUUUGUUAACACCAUCAGGUAGGUUUAGGCGUAGCGUCGGUGGGACAUUAUUUUAAAACGAAACGGAGCGCAAAUGUCAAAUCGAGAACCGCGGCGAUUCGUCUAAAAAGCAACGUCAUAAAAACGUACCGCAUUCACUCUAUUAUCUGCUCCGGAAAAAAAAAAAAAGGAACACGCUUUUAGCGCCGCUCAGUGGACAUUUCGCAGCAAAACUGCAGCGUUAUGUACUCACUGGUACGUAUUUCGCGACUCGGGAAAACAUGCCCACGGGUACGUUUUUGUCAUGAGACCAGGUUGUUUAUUUCAGUCCAUUUGCAAAAGAAACGUAGGAUAUCUGAACAAAUUAACAUUAAAGUCUUCUAAAAAUGUUGUCAUCUCUGUUUUACUAGAAUUGGAAUCCAUCAGAAGAGAUCAGACUCACAAAAUGUCAGCCACGUGUCAAUGAGAAGUGAUGCAUCAAAGGAUUUAUUUGUAGAGUUUGGCAAUAAUCCCCCAGGAAACAUAAGUGGAAUCCACAAGGAGAGAUUAGAUGAAUCAGAGUCAUUAGAUGUCAGCCACGUGAGAAUGAAAAGAGAUGCGUCUAAGGACUGCAUUCCACAUUGUAACAUUAAAGACAAUUCUUCAGGACCCAUCAAUAAAUCUCAACUCUCUUCUGUGUGCUACACAAUUAAACAAGAGCUGAAGAACAAAUUCCAGAGUUUCUAUGAAGGAGCAGCUAUGCAUGAAAACCCAACCCUCCUCAAUAAGAUCUACACUGAGCUCUACAUCACUGAAGUUUUAGGUGGAGAGGUCAAUAAUCAACAUGAGAUCAGGCAGAUUGAAACAGUGUUUAGGAGAGCAAUUACAGAGGACAGACCAAUCAACUGCAAUAACAUCUUCAAACCUUUACUUGGACAAGACCUACCCAUCAGAACUGUGCUGACUAAAGGAAUCGCCGGUGUUGGAAAAACAGUUUCUGUGCAGAAGUUCAUUCUGGACUGGGCUGAAGGGAAAGCAAAUCAGGACGUCCACCUCAUAUUUCCACUUCCUUUCAGAGAGCUCAAUUUGCUGAAGUACAAAAUAUUCAGUCUUAAAGAUCUUCUACAGUUUUCCAUGGGCACAAAACAACUGGAAAUCUCUCCAAAUGAAGGUAAAGUCAUUUUCAUCUUUGAUGGUUUGGAUGAGUGUCGUCUGUCUCUGGAUUUUCAGAACAACGCAAGGUUGUGUAAAGUGACUAAAUCAGCUUCAGUGGAUGUGCUGCUGACGAACCUCAUUGUGGGGAAUCUGCUUCCCUCUGCUCUCAUCUGGAUCACCUCCAGACCAGCAGCAGCUGAUCUCAUCCCCUCUGAGUGUGUUGAUCGAGUGACAGAGGUACGAGGCUUCAGUGACCCACAGAAGGAGGAAUACUUCAGGAAGAGAAUCAGAGAUCAGACUUUGGCCAAUAAAAUCAACUCACACCUGAAGUCCUUGAGGAGCCUCUACAUCAUGUGCCACAUCCCAGUGUUCUGCUGGAUCUCAGCCACUGUUCUAGAGAAGAUGUUGUUUGGAUCAGAGAGUGGAGAGAUUCCCAAGACUCUCACUCAAAUGUACACACACUUCCUGACCCUUCAGAUUAACUUUAUACGUGAGAAGGACUAUGAGAAUAAAGUAAAAGAUGAUGACAUGGUUCUCAGACUUGGGAAAUUGGCUUUUCAGCAGCUUGUGAAAGGCAAUCCGAUCUUUUACCAGGAAGAUCUGUGGAAAUGUGGAAUAAUUGAGAGAGAAGCAUCAGUGUACUCAGGAUUGUGCAAUCAGAUCUUCAAAGAGGAGUUUGGGAUGCAGGGAAAAAUCUACUGCUUUAUCCAUCUGAGCGUUCAAGAACAUCUUGCAGCUCUAUAUGUGCACAUAACCUUUAUGAGCUCAAAAGAAAAUGCAUUUGACUUCAUUAAUUCUGAUCUGUCUCUGAUCUCUAAACUUCUGACCACAGCUGUGAAUGAAGCCCUGAAGAGCAAAUCUGGACAUUUGGAUCUUUUUCUUCGUUUUCUUCUGGGUCUCUCAUUGGAGUCAAAUCAGAUUCUCUUGCAAAGCAUACUGACAAAGACAAAAUGUCACUCUCAUUGCACAGAGGAAACAAUUAAGUUCAUCAAGAAGAAGAUCCAGGAGUGUACUUCUUCAGAAAAAUCAAUCAAUCUGUUCCAUUGUCUGAAUGAGUUAGGUGAUCGAUCUCUAGAAGAGGAAAUCCAACACUACAUGAGCUCUGGAAGUCAAAGGGGCACCAAACUCUCGCCUUCACAAUGGUCAGCUUUAGCAUUUGUAUUGCUAUCUUCAGGGCAGGGUUGGUUGGAUGAGUUUGAGUUGAACAAGUACACUGGUCCACAAAAUACAGCAAAUGAAGUUCUUCUGAAUUUGCAACAUGUGGUUAAAGCAUCCAGAUCGGCUCGACUGAAUGGUUGUGGUGUCACUCAUGAAGGUUGUGCUGUUCUGGCAUCAGUUCUCAGGUCUGAGAACCUGUACCUGAGAGAGCUGGAUCUGUCUAAUAAUAAUCUGAGAGAUUUGGGAGUAAAACAGCUCAUGGACGGAUUUAAGAGUCCACAUUGUAAACUGAAGAUUCUGAGGCUUUCUAGAUGUGAAAUCACAGAUGAAGGUUGUGCUGCUCUGGCUUCAGCUCUGAGAUCAAACCCCUCACACUUGAAAGAGCUGGAUCUGUCUAAGAAUAAUUUUGGAGACUCUGGAGUAAAGAUGCUAUGUGCUGAAUUAAAUAAUCCUCUUUGUAAACUAACCAUACUGGGGCUGAGAGACUGUGAUGUCACAGAUGAAGGUUGUGCUGUUCUGGCAUCAGCUCUGAGAUCAAACCCUUUGCACCUGAGAGAACUGGAUCUUUCUGAGAAUAAACUAAUAGGUGACUCUGGAGUGAAAUGGAUUUCUACUGUGCUAGAAAAUCCUUUGUGUAAACUAAAGUCGCUGAGGCUGAUGCAUUGUCAUGUCACAAAUGAAGGUUGUGCUGAUCUGGCUUCUGCUCUGACAUCAAACCCCUCACAUCUGAAAUAUCUGGUUCUGUCAGGGAAUAGAAUCAGAGACUUGGGUGUAUACCUGCUCUCUGGUGCAAUGAAAAAUCCAGACUGUAAAAUUGAAAUGCUGUGGCUUGAUGAUUGUGGCAUCACAGAUGAAGGUUGUGCAGCUCUAGCUUCUGCUCUGAGAUCAAACCCCUCACACCUGACAUUUCUGAAUCUGUCUAGAAAUCCUCUAAGUGACUCAGGGAUUAAGCCUCUCUAUGGUGUUGUACAGAAUCCCGUUGUGUACUGGAUACACUUUGGCUGUAUGGUUGUGGCAUCACAAACGAAGGUCAAGCCGCUCUGAGAUCAGCUCUGAAAUCCAAAUGUUUUCUCUUCACAUGUGUUUUGAAAUCACCUUAAGGAUUUUCCAAAAUAAAACCUUUGGGACAUCUGUUAUUUAAUACAUUUAAUAAAAUAAUAUUUGUUAUUUAUAGUGUAAAAUAUUCUAGAAACAGAGGUUGCUUUUAAACUGGAACAAUAUUAUUAACCCAUUUCAUUUCUAUGUUCAGUACUUGAAUAUAGAAUGAAAAAACUUAAUAUUUUGUUUUCUAAAGCUCUCAGUAUAAAACAUUUUGAUAUUUACAUUUCAUCUCCUGUGUUGUAACAUACAUCACCUCCAUUCAUAAGGGCAAGGAUCUCAGCCACAGGAACAUCUACCUUUAUGGGUGUUAAAGAUCUGAGAGAAUGUUUACUUUCAUUUCAAUUGGACAGUGUGAGGCUUGGAAUUAGAACUGUAAGUUUGUUUAUUUUAUUACAUUCUAAAUACUUUUCAGAAUAUUUAGAGAAUAAGUUAGUGAAAUGUUUGUUAAAAUGCUUUUAUAAGAUAAGUUGAUUGGAAUAGGCAUCCAACAAAUAAGAGAAAAUGUCUGUAUCACUACAAUAAAUCUUGUCUAUUAAAAGCUUAUUUGGGCUUAAAAAUGAAUGUAUUUCUUACAUGUGCCUUGGGUCUGUGUUCAUCAACUUUAUUUUAUGGACUCCAUUUCCCACAAUUUCCCAUGUAGGAACCGAUCACACACUCGCACCUGUUUCCCAUCAGUGACUCUUUAUAAGCUGUACUCAGACACACACACAUACCAAGAUGCAGCGGCUUUCCAGUUCAACCAUGGAUCCAAUCGACCAGCUACUACAGCUUCGGCAAAGAGACUUAUCUAUUGAAGAAUAUGUUCACCAAUUCUAUUCCGUCUUUCACAGUUGAGGUGUACCUACAAUGAAAAUUGCAGAUCUCUCCAUUCUUUGCUUAUUGAUUGUGAUAUCACAGAUGAAGGUUGUUCUGCUCUGGCCACAGCUCUGACAUCAAACCUCUCACAUUUGAAAAUCUCAAAAAAAAAAAAAAAAAAAAAGUACUGUAGGAAACGCAGGAGUGGAGCAUCUUUUUGUUGCUCUGAAGAAUCUUGUCUGUGAACUAGAGACACUGAGGCUGUAUGGUUGUGAUGUCACAGAUUCAGGUUUAGCUGCUCUGUCUUCAGUCAUCAAAGAGAAGCUUCCUUUGAGCAACAGGUUACUGCUAAAAUAAAAAGAAUGUCUAUAUACUUUACACAAAUUCAAAGAGAAUACAGAUCAUGAACAGAACAGCAAUCCUUCUUUAAUUCAGUUGCUCUAAUCUCACAUGAGCGACAGGUUGCCCCGUCCUCGCGGCUAUAAACACAUCAUCAGAGAAGAGAUGUCGCUGCAAGAGAAAAGGGAAAUUGUUUUGAUUAAAUAUGAGGACACAUGAAUUUAAAAAUAAUGUUGUGCAUGGAUAAAUCAUUUAAAAUAAAUAAUGCAAUAUUCCAAAAAAAUAAGCAUUGUCAAUUUUUUAUUUCAAUAUGUUAAUACAAAAUAUCCAUUACAAGUCACACAUAUACAUAGUUUUAUUAAUUAUGUUAUUAGU